AUGUCCACCACUUCCUGGCCUGUACCGCCUCACGAUGACCUGCCGACGGUCCUCAAGCGCAUGAAGUACGAUAUUCCGUACCUUGCCAGAUUGAUCCGGACCAUGAUGAGCGAAGGUAUUGAUCACCUCACCGAAAUGACAGAGAACCCCGAGCGCAUGCCCAUGCAUACCCUGUUCCCCCCGAAAAUCCGCACGCACUACACGAACGCCAGCUACUACAUACGGCGCCCCCUCUUCAAGCUCAAGCGUGCCGCUGAGGAUGAUUUCAUGAAGCUCAACCGUCGUCCGCGCCCACUCACCAGGAAGCACGCCAUGCAGGAGCUGGGCAUGCAGCUUGCUACUCAUCUCGGGCGCCUCGAUGACUUGCUCGACGAAUUUGGUGGCGGUGUUCGCAGUGUUUGUGGUACACUGAUCAAGCUGAUUAAGGCGGACAAGGAUGUUUCCCGAAAGGCUGAGGGUUCGAAGUACAUGCUGGAGAUGUACAAGCGUGACCCCUGGUAUGUUCACACUGAGCGGGCCCAUCCGAAAGCUUGGGACAAGUUCCGCGCUGUGGUCAAGGCAACUCUCCAGGUUGUUGAUAGCUUGGAGAAGACGGCCGAGGAAUGCAGGGUGUUCCUCAAGCAGCAGCCGUAG